AUGACGGAAAUUUUGGGGAACAACAAGAGCUUUGUCCUUCGGGGCGUGAACGACGUCGUAUUCGAGGAGAAGCCUAUCCCAAUCCUGGCUCCAGAUGAGGUCCUCAUCCAGAUCAAGAAGACCGGCAUCUGCGGAUCCGACGUGCAUUUCCUCACACACGGCCAUAUUGGCGACUUCCACGUCCGAUCUCCAAUGGUCCUGGGGCAUGAGUCCUCCGGUCUCAUCCACUCUGUCGGCAGCUCUGUACGAUCCCUUCAUCAUGGACAGGCAGUCGCACUCGAACCGGGUGUCAGCUGCAGACGGUGCGGUGCGUGUAAGGCAGGCAGAUAUCAGUUGUGCGACAGUAUGGUGUUUGCCGCUACUCCCCCAAUGGAGCCCCUCUCCGUGGCCGUCCACGCUGCGAGCAACAUCUCCCGUAUCACCGCCGGCCAGACAGUUUGUGUUUUCGGCUGCGGCCCCGUCGGUCUGCUAUGCAUGGCCGUCUCCCGCGCCCUGGGAGCCAGCACCAUCGUCGCGGUUGAUAUCCAGCCUGCGCGACUCGAGUUCGCCCGCAAGUACGCAGCGACGCAUGUCUUCCUCCCUCUCAAGCCGGAAGAGGGGGAGAGCAGGAUUGCUCAUUCCCGCCGGUGUGCGGAGGGGAUCUGCGCGCUCAUGGGAUGGGAUAAGGACCUGGUAAAAGGUGUGGGUCUGGGCGGCACAGACACCGUACUGGAAGCAACUGGGGCAGAGUCCUGCAUCCAGACGGGGGUGUAUGUCGCCCGCCGUGGAGGCGUGUUUACCCAGAUUGGUAUGGGGGCGGAGAACAUCACGCUCCCGAUUACGACAGCGUUGGUGAAGGAGCUGCAGAUAAGGGGAAGCUUCCGGUACGGCUACGGCGACUACCCGCUGGCGAUCGCCUUUGCCUCUGCGCACAAGAUCGACCUCAAGCCUCUCGUCACUCACCGGUACAAGUUCGAAGAUGCGGUCGAGGCGUUUGAGUCCACAAAGAAUGGGAAGGAUAAGGACGGGAAGUGGGUCAUCAAGACGCUGAUUGACGGACCCGAGUAG